CUUGGCUUCUCUUCCUGAGACAGAGAGAAACACAAGAAGAGGAACGUAAGCAGAGAAGUUUUCGAUUCCCAUAUCCUCCUCCCAUCAAAAGGGGAUUAGGGUUCGCUUGUUCUUCGACAUUACUCUCUCUCUCUCUCUCUCUCUCUUUCUUCUUUCUCCUUGAGAAUUGAGAUUGCACCAAAGAAGGAGAUAGUCAUGGUUGCUGAUUCGAUCACCGACUCUCAUCAACUACUCCAUGGUUCUCUCACUUCGAGUGAUUUCUUCAAGAAACCAAAGGCGAAUCGGAGUGUUGAUGAGGACGAUGAGAGUGGUCUCUCUGCAGGAGGUAGUAGUAGCCCCACGAGUGUCAUCAAGAACGAAGAUUCCGGUAGUGUGGACAACGACGACUGCUUCUGCUGUUCUAAGCAGGUCACUGAGGAAGAAGCUUUUGUUGAUGCGCAUGACGGUUCUAGCGAUGAAGAUUACAGGGAUGCCUUGAGCAUGUCUAACGAAGAAGAUCCAAGCCAGAGUGAUGAGAAUAAAGAUGAUGAUUACAGCGAUGCCUUGAGCAUGAUGUUUAAAGAUGAUGAUCAGAAGAAAGAAGAUGAUGACUGUCCCCUUUGCGCUGAAAAGAUGGAUGAAACUGAUCUACAAUUCGAACUGUGUUCUUGCGGGUAUAAGAUUUGUCUCUUCUGCUAUAAGAAUCUCAAGGAAGACACUGGACUUUGCCCGGCUUGCAGGAAGAAGUAUAAGAAUCAGCAGACAAGUAGUAACAUUGGAGAAGUUAGUUUCCAGCAGCAACGUGGUGGUGACCCAGUUCCUUUGUCUUCAGCGUUUCACGGACUUGAUGAUUGUAGUGAUUAAAGAUCGAGGAGAAUGGAGAGAGAGCUUCAAUGAAACGUCAAAUAGGUUUUCUCUUUUCUUUUGUUUGUUGCCUUGGUGUGUCUAAGUUUCAUCAGGAACAAUAGCUUUGUGGGUUUGUUGUUUACAAUGUCAUCUCGAAAAAUAUCAUUCCAUACAUACUUUGUGAGUCAUGUGUGAUGUACAUA